AUGGUCACAGCUAAUCGUAAGGACAGGCCGAAUCACAUUGGGCCUACUCAGUUGGAGACUGGUAAGGAAUUGUGGGCCACGGUGGCUCGAAGUGCCAGUGUCGACGUCAUUCCCUCUGCAGCGCUUCGGCGACUGAAGGCCAAGAGUAUGCCAGCGACGAAAAACAAAGAGGGCUCUCGGGCAGUUUGCCCGAGUGCGCAUUAG